GAGCUUCAAGCCUAUUCUUUACAGACUCCGUCUUCUCAUCCCGUUCUUUUUCUUGUUGCUGUUGUCACAGUCUACAGCGUAGACUUUGCUUCUUUUCUUCUUCUUUCAUUCUGAUAGGCUUGAUGCCGCAGAAGUUUUCAAAUCUCUACACCAUUUAGUGUUAUAAGCGUUCGUUCUCAACGUUUGCCCUCGAUGAAUCUUACUCUGUCGUGGCGUCAAGCCGCCGUGGCGGCCCUGCUGUUCAAUGCGGCAGUGACAGCCAGCUACGAGACUCGCCAGGAUGCAGAGGUGUCCGAGGACCCAAAGCGGUCUUUGGACAGCUCCUCGAUCAAAGCCCGAAACCUCGACAUCAGAAACUUUGUCCAGAGGAUGGAUGUAGCCAGCGUCUUGUCUGCUCUUGGUGUCGAUAGCGGCAAAGCUCAAGACGAGGCAACCCCGGAGGUUCCCCCGUUAGCUGCUGAGGGUGCUCCCGCUGCUUCUCAGGCUUCUGGUUCGGCAGCCCCUCCUCCGCCGCCGUCCAACGGAGAAGCACCGCCUCCACCGGACCCGAACGCUGCUCCUCCGCCUCCGUCACCCAACGGAGAAGCGCCGCCGCCGCCUCCUGAUUCGAGCGCUGCGCCCCCUCCUCCUCCCCCCGAUGGUGCGCCUCCUCCGCCGCCGCCCAACGGCGAGGAGCCGCCUCCUCCCCCUGAUCCCAACUCUGCUCCUCCGCCCCCGCCACCCAAUGGAGAAGCGCCGCCGCCUCCUCCUGACCCGAAUGCCGCUCCACCGCCACCUCCAGAAGGAGGUCCCCCUCCUCCCGACCCCAACGCUCCCCCUCCGCCUCCACCUCCGGGUAAUGGAACCGAUCCCGCAGGCAAAAAGGCAAAGAAGGGCAAGGACGACGCAAAGAAGGCCAAGGACGAUGCGAAGAAGAAGGCGGAGGGUGAACGCGGGGCUGCCGGCCCGGGUGCUGCGGCCGCCAACGGCACGGAACCCGUGGGACCUGACGGGAAGGCCAAAGGGAAAAAGGGUAAAGAUGCCAAGGGGAAGGGGGCUCUUCCGGGAGCAGCCGUCAAUGGCACCGAGGUCGGGCCCGAUGGAAAAGCCAAGGGCAAGGCGGCCAAGGAUGCGAAAGGAAAAGACGCCAAGGGCAAGGCGGCCAAGGAUGCGAAAGGAAAAGACGCCAAGGGCAAGGCUGCCCCUCCCGGAGCAGCGGUGAACGGCACUGAGGCAGUCGGACCGGAUGGCAAGGGCAAGGGCAAGGGAAAGAAUGACGAUGCCGAGGGCAAGAAGAAGGCCAAAGAGGCCGCCGGAGCCGCGGCAGCGGGCAAAACUGCUGGAGGAGCAGCCGAGGAUGGGGCCAGCGACAUGGCGCGGAGGGCCGUCAGGGACUCGGAGCAGCAUGACACACGCCGACGGGUCCGCUUCAUCAAGGGACGAGAUCUCUUGGCAAACUUGGACUGAUGAUCUAGGGUUUCUCUCUCUUUCUCUCUCUCUCUCUGUACGGAUACGCUUGGUAGUUCUAGAGACAUGGCCGGCGGCAUCUUGCAGACAUUUGUUUCCACGCUCAUACAUUCCAUCUCUUUGUUCUGUUUAUCGAGAUCCUUUACACCGAAAAAUGUACGUUUCUCUGAAAAGCAG